AAAUUGACCGCCAGUGCUCGUAUGAUUAUUAAAAUAUGUGAACAUGAGAUGAAUGAAAUUGAAGUAUGUUCUGAUUGUUAUUUAUCAUCCUGUUUAAAAAAGGACAAUUAUUUUUGCGAGCCUUGUACUGUGCCUCAUCCUCUGGUGUGGGCUAAACUCAAGGGAUUUCCAUUCUGGCCUGCUAAGGCAUUAAGAGAAGUGGAUGGGCAAGUUGAUGUACGAUUUUUCGGACAGCAUGAUAGGGCAUGGGUUCCUGCUAACUGCUGUUACAUGAUGUCAAAAGAUAUUCCAUUCGCAAUUAAGAAACGAAAAGGUGGAUUUGAAAAUGCUAUGCAAGAAAUGGACCUGCACAUAGAAAAUAUUCGCCGUGUUCACAAAAAUUGGGAGUAUGCACCAUAUAGAAUGCCUUAUGAUCCAAGUAACACGUACAUACAUAACUAUCUCAAAAACAAACCUAACUCAAUUAAUGGUGAAAGCAAUGAUGCAAGUACGCCUAAAGUUGGCAAAAUUAAAAUAAGGAUUAAAAGAGAAUCUGGAAAAUCAACUCUUACGCUGGAAAGUGGGUCUUCGAAUUUGGGUGGUGUAAAGGAUAAAUCGAUUGAUGAGGAUUCUAAAGAUAAUGUUGGUGAGUCGAUCAUGAAGAACUCAAAAUCAAAAGAUGAAGUUUGCAAGAAAUCUCCUCAACUUGCAGCCGGGAAUGCAAAGUCAACCGAAAUUAAGACUGAAUGUUCACCUGAUAGUACAACUGAAAAAUCUCCUAAUAGUCGAAAAUCUAAUUUGGAAUCUGUUGAUGUCUCAACAAAAACAGUUUCCAGGAGCAAGAUGGAAAUGAGUAAUGAUGUACCAACAGUGGAUGAUGCACACAUCACGAAAGUCUUAUCAUUAAAAACAUCUGGUACAGACACAACAUCUAAAGAUGUUAAUAAAUUAGCAGAUGAAGCUAAUAUGGAUACCUCGGCUGUGCCAGAGACUGAGAAUGAAAAACAGUUGUCAGAAUCUAAGCAUAUUAAGGAGUCCUCCAAAAAUUCGUCAAAAGAACCAGCACCGUCGAUCCUGCCGACAAAACUGCCAAGUUUAUCAAAUUUAGAAGGAGCUACUACACCACCAAGAAUAGAAACGCCGGGAACACCACCAAUGAAACUGACUCCUGUGUCUGAUAAGUUUGCUAUUCACCUUGAUAGAACGAUAGAAUCUUGUAAAGCGUCUUUGGGAAUCAAAGAAACUGACAAUUUGGAUGAGAUGGAAACCGAGGAUCGCGAUUCUGACUCCGAUUGUCUAUCAAUGCAUUGUGAGACUAGUUCUGAAAAUUCAGACUGGGAACAUGAGGAGCAAGGGGAGGAAAGAGAGGAGGAGGAGGAAUCAAACAAAGCAAAGGAAGGUAACCAUGAAGUGGUAUCCAAGCAACCAAGUGAUGAAGAUACUACAAAAAAAAUAGAAUCAGUUGAUGUCAAAGUCGAUGAGUCACCUGAAUCUGAAAAUGUUGACAGGAAGGUCAAGAAGAUUGACUCGCCAUCCAUUGAUGAAGUGAAAAAAUCAAAGAUUGCCAAGUUGGAUGAUCACAUGACCAAGUCACCUGACAAAAAGAACGAAAAUAAAAGCAAAAAUGAAGAGAAAAAUCACUUGGAUGUGCAAAUAACAGAAACACAAAAUAAAAAUAAGAAAGAAACGGUACAACAUCAAUCUGUGAAUAGUGCUCCAAAAAUUGAUAAUAAUCCUCACAAUAUAAAAGUUGCUGCAAAUAGCAGUAACAAUACAACCAAGACAUCCCCGGUCAAAUUUUCUGCACGACUAGCAGAAAAAGCUGCUCAAAAGUCUGUUGAUGAGGUUACAAGUUUAGAAUCUGAUGGUCCUGUUAGUGCAAAGGAUGGACUGCUCCAUCAACAAAGUACAGCAAAGAAAAAGACAGACUUCAAAAAAUACACAGACAAGAUUGUGGAUUACAUCGAAGGAACAUUCCAGGAGUUUUAUAGUGAAGUUUUAGAAGGUAGUGAUAAAAUGGUAGAUGAUAUUCCUACUGCCACAGUUGGUUCCAAGACAAAAAAUUUGGAACUAGAGAUGAUGCAGUGGAAACAUCAGCNAGAAAUAUCAGAAAUAAAGCAUAGAGCUGAACUGACAGUUGCUGAGAUACGAGAGGGCUUGCUACAAGAGAAGAACAACGCAAUCGCUGAUGUCAAGAAAGACUUGGCGGUAGAGAAAGAAAAGGCUAUAAAAGAAACAAAGAAAAAACAAUGGUGUGCUUACUGUGGCAAAGAAGCCAUAUUCUACUGCUGUUGGAAUACCAGCUAUUGUGAUUAUCCAUGCCAACAGACUCACUGGAAAGAACAUAUGAAUGUGUGCACACAAGCUACAAAUUCAGGUACACCAACAGAUCAAACAGAUUAUGAUACGCAGGUUCGAACAGCUGUCAGCAUCCAACAGUCACCAGAAGUUAAUGCCAAAUCGGGAGAAAUACCAGUCACACAACCCAGUGGUGUUCUCGUAACUCAACCUAUGCAAGUAAAAUAUAUACGUCAGACAUUACCCCAACCAACGACUUCGAUACAUGGACAACAAGUUGUUGUAAGGACACCGGUUACUGCAUACAAUACUAUGCAAUUAGGUCCAAUGAACACUCUAACCAGGGCACCUACUACGAUUGUCCAACAGAGACCGAUUAUACAGCAUACAAAUUACCCAGUUUUACGACCUCAAGGCGGGUUCCCACAGGGAGUAGCUACACAAAUUGUACCAGCCACACAGGGAAUGCCAACACAACUUGUAAUGCCUCAUGCAAGCACAGUACAGUCGGCAGCGGCAGCGGCGGCACCAGUGCAACUUAGAAACAUUGUCAGUUACUCACAAUCCCGACCUGUUUGAUACCUGCGACUAAC